CACCCUUCAGGCGCAUUCUCCCGACCCUCGAGAACGAGGUAGCUAGCGAGCACCAAACGAUACGGACAGGACCGUGACCACCAUGGUCGCACGUGCGUCGCAAACUGGCGCCGCCGAGAUGUUCUCAAACGCCUCAUCGAGCGGCAGCAUCAGCGCGUCGGGCAGUCCAGUGCUGUUCAAUGACGCUGCUUCGUCGUCGCCUGCCUCGACAUCGUCGUACGCCUUUGAAUCUGACGUUGCUAGCAGCAGCAGCGGCAGUACCAGCGGCAGGAGCAGUCGGCGGCCAUCCGCACCCGAGGUAAUCACUGGCCCAGACGGCGGGUUGAUUGUCGUCGAGCACGUCGUCGCGCUGCACGAUUUCCAGUCGAACAACUCGACCUGCCUCUCGUUCUUUGCCGGCCAGGUCAUCCGCGUCUUCAACCGCGACGCUAGCGGAUGGUGGGACGGAGAGCUGGACGGGCAGCGAGGCUGGUUCCCGAGCAACUAUGUGGACCAGGAGGAUGCUGACCACAACGAGCCCGAGCCAGACCUCGACGACGUUGUGGUUGCCAGUGCUGUUCCUAGUACCGGGCUCCUGGCUGGUGGCGCUUUUGGAGGGAAGGAGCAUGGGACCAAAGAUGUAGACCGGGCGAACGGCUACGCCAGCUAUCGCGGCAUCGUCCCUCACGGCCGCUUGAACCACAAGGGCGGUCUGGUGAUGGGCCAACCAGGCGAUGCGAGCACGUUGGCGUACACGAUCCUUGAUCCGAUCUUCCACGCGAUCGCGCUACUCCACAACGCCGUGCGAGCUAACCGCGUCGCGCACUUCCAGCCGUCGACCGCAUGCGUCAUCUCAUCUGUGCGCAGCGUGCUCUCCGCGACCGACUGCCUGACGCGCGAGUCUCCCGUGCUGCGCGCACACCCGACGCUUGCGCGCGAGCGCAAGCAAAUCCUAUCCGUCCUCAGCCGCCUCGUCACACAGGCCCGCAAGGCGUCCGCUCCCAUGACGGACGAGAGCGUCCGGGGCCACGAGAUGGAGUCCAUGCUCCGCCACGCCGAGAUGGUCCUGACCAACGUCAAGACCUUCCUCGACGUCGCCGUCGAAUGCGGCCUCAAGGUCCCUGACCGCAGGUCAUCGGUGUACGAUGAACUGUACGGCGGCGGCGGGGAGGACGCCAGGGAGCACGACAAGACGCCCACACCCGACUCGGGCAGGCGGAAAGCAGUUGCAGCUGCAGGAGCAGCAGGAAAACCCGGCGGUGCUGGACUGACGGCUCGCAGCAUGAUGGAUCUCCGUGGAGCCGCCUCGCUCGCAGGCUCUGACCACCGAGUGCGCUCUGGCUCCCUCGCCAGCUCAUCGAACGGAUCUGACGCGGGCUCCUACUCUGCAGCCGCCAUCCCGCGGUCUGGGUCUUCUAACUCCAUCAGCGAGCAGCAUCAACAGCAGCAGCAAGCCACGUCCGUCGCGGUCAAACGGACGGCCGUCGAAGUGCUGCAGCGCCUCAACACAGCCAACGACCAGUUGCUUUCCGUUAUCGCGGGGUUCAUCGGGCACGUGCACACGCACACGCGCGAGAGCCACGCGUCGAGCUUUGCGCAUCUGAUCGACAUGACGCGCGAGGCCGUCGACGCCGUACGCAGCCUGCUCGUCGUCGUCGAGGCCGUGCACAGCACGGCGCAGCUGCAGGCGGCCAAGCCACGGGAGAUGAGCAUCCUUUUCGAGACACGCGAGUCGCUCUACGAGGCCACCACUGCGCUCGUCACCGCCGCGCGCGUCAUCACCGGCUCUCCUAACCCGGCGCUCCGUCACGCAGAGGACGACGAAAAGUCGAACCUGCUCCAGGCCGCCACUGGCGUCUUACGGGCCGGCGGCGAGUGUGUCGGCGCCGUCAAGCUGUGUAUCGACAGGCAGGACGCUUCCAUUCGCAUAAUCAUUACCGAGAUAAUCUCGCAGCAGCGACCGCAGCAGCACGAGCACCAACAGCAUCUACAGCAGCAGCAGGGUCGCGAGGAGGCUAUGGACCCAGACGAGAUGGAGCAAUAUGCAUCUGGCCGGCGCGGAAAGAACACAUUGUCGUACCUUGGCCGCAAGGCGACAAGCCUCAAUUGCGUGCGUGACCGCUACGGCUCCGACGGCCAUAUGAGCGGCGCCGAAGCGAUCGUUGAGUCGGAUGCCGAAGUGGAAGGUGAGGAGGAAGACGAGAGUGGCAGUGAGGCGCAGGCGCAGAUAAUGUACAGGACUCAGGGGCGCGAGCAGGAGCAAGCGCUCGAGCAGUACAACGAAGACAGCACAACCCGCAUCCCCAAGAGCAGCUCCAACCUCGACCUCAAUGGGCGCGACUGCUCCAAAUCAACCUUUUCCAAUCGCUUGGCCGUCGAGCAAGGGGGCAAUAGCGGCGGCGGCAGCAUCACCCGCAGCGCCAGCGGGCGCGCCCGCAGCGCCAGCAUCGCCUCGCCCUCGGGCGGACGCGUCCAGCCACUACCGCCCGCGACGAAGGGCCGCACGGGUCGCGUGGACAGCGGCAGCGACCACCAGAGCGAUGGCAGCGAGGGCAUGUCACGCGACCACUCACGCACGUCCGGCUCUAGCGCCGUCUCGCACCAGUCAGCGACGACGGCAGAGACAUCCGCCCGGCCGUCGAUCGACCGGCAUGAGUCGGACCCGUUCAACAUCGAGCAGGCCGUGCCGCAUACAGCGCCCAUCACUGGUCACUUCCAGCGUGACGUCCCGCCGGUGUCCAUGACCAAGGCUGCGCGCUCCGGCGUGCGGAGCGAAAGCAGCUCUCCCGUCCUUAGCGAGCACCCGCCCACCAGCCGCGGCCGCUCCGGCACGCUCGACCCGAGUGCUGCCUGGUCCCUCGACCAGCGCGACCAGCCACGGUACAUGGCGCCGUCGUACCAACUGAGCGACGUCGUGUACAACAACGAUAAGCAGCUCAUCGGCGCUACACUCCAGGCGCUCGUUGAGAAGCUCACGCCGCACGACACGACCGUCGACCCGACGUUCUCGAACGCGUUUGCCAUGUGCUUCCGCCUCUUCACGACGCCGCAGAGCCUCUGCGACGCCAUGGUCGCACGCUACCACGUCGUGCCACCCGCAGACGUCGAACUGAGCGAGGAGGAGCGCAAGCUGUUUGAGCAGCGCAAGGUACUUCCGGUCUGUCUGCGCGUCGUCAACUUCCUCCGCAACUGGCUCGAAGUGCACUGGCAGCCGUCGACCGACGCUGUUAUCCUCGAAGGCGUCGUACAGUUUGCCAAAGCGCAGGAGCAGCCAGCUCUGCAGCGCGCCGUCAGCCGCCUUGCCGACCUUGCGCAACGCCGCCUCUCCGCAGGCGCCGCCACCAAGGUGCAGAUGAUGAUCUCCGCCUCUCGUGGGCCGGGAAGCCUUACGCGUGUCGUCUCAGCCGAUCACGUCAAACGCGAAGGUCCGCUCGCGUCGCUGACCAACCUGUCGAGCAUGUACAGCCCGCAGGCGUUCCCCAAGAACGGCCCCGCGCCACCCGCGCCAAUUGUGUCCAAGGCGUUGCUGUCGCAUCUACGGCAGAUAAACCCCCAUAUGGUCAACGUCCUCGACUUUGAUGCGCUGGAGCUUGCGCGACAGCUGACCGUCAUGGAGUCCAAGCUGUACUGCGCCAUCUUGCCCGAAGAGCUUCUCGGACAGGAGUUCAGCAAGAAGGUCGGCGUCAGCAACGCUGUACACGUCAAAGCUAUGAGCGCGCUCAGCACGCACAUCACCGGUUGGAUCUCUGAGUGCAUUCUCAGCGAGGCUGACGCACGUAAGCGCCGCGAGCUGCUCAAGUUCUUCAUCAAGCUGGGUAAUCGCUGCUACUCGUUGAAUAAUUUCAACUCUCUUAUGGCCAUCCAGUGCGCGCUGAAUUCAUCUACGAUCACGCGUCUCAGCAAGACGUGGGAUGGGCUGAACGCCAAGUAUAGGAUCAUGAAUGACCAGCAGCGUCGCGCCGUUGAGCACACGCGUAACUUUGCCGAGUACCGCCAAAAGCUUCGCCAGACCUUCCCACCCGCGCUGCCGUUUGUCGGCCUCUUCUUGACCGAUCUUACUUUCUGCCAUGAAGGAAACGCUCCUACGCGAGCAUCGCCUCUCGACCCGCAGAAGAAGCUCAUCAACUUCGACCGAUACGUUAAGGUCAGCCGGAUCAUCGGCGAGCUGCAGCGGUAUCAGGUGCCGUACAAUUUGGUCGAAGUGCCCGAGAUCCAGUCCUUCCUCCGUUCGGUCUUGGCGGCUGUCAAGGGAGGCGGCGGUGGGAGUGCAGCCGAGGAGCUGUACCGGCGCAGUCUGCUGCUCGAGCCGCGAGCAGGCGAUGCGCAGACGACCACGUCGACCACCAACAGCUCUGGUGCAAAGGACAUUUUCAACUGGAAGUCGUAGAGAUGCACACUUUAUGUGUAACACGACGAUCGCUCCGGAAGCCCGCCUCGUGUUUCUAUUUCGGUCCAUCCUGGACCCGCAUAUUUUUAUGCAGCCCUGUUCCCUUUGAGCAGAUGUGCCCUCCAGCGACGCCUCUUAUUCAUCGUGGGACAUGGGCUCAGUAAGCAGCAUAUUAUCUACUGUAUUUUAUCUAGAGAGUG